UCACACACUCUUCCUUCAUAUUCAUUCAUAAAUCACACACUUGUGUUUGUCUCUUUCUCUCUAUUCUCUACUACCUUAUAGUUCUACCUUUUUUUUUUCAUUGAAUUUGUUUAUGAUGUUGUCUAAAAUGGAUAUGGAAGGAAGUAUAGGCAAUAACGAACACCUGACGAAAGGAAAACGAACAAAAAGAGGGAUAAGGAUGUUGUCUCCUUGCACCGUGGUGAAUACCACGGUGACAUCAAGUUGCUCAAGUGUUAUUGAAGGUGGUGGCAGAUCGUUUUCUUCCACCACCUUCGAUAGCACUGAGGAGGAAGAGGAAGCGGAUAUGGCCAAUUGUUUGAUUCUUCUAGCUCAAGGAAGAACCGGAGGGCAAGAAAAUCACCAUCUCUCUGAACAUCAUCAACAAGUUGGUGGUUAUAACAAUAUAGUAACUGAAAAGCCAACAAGAAACGGUUUUGAAAGCUAUGAGUGCAAAACUUGUAACCGUUUUUUCCAUUCAUUUCAAGCGUUGGGUGGACAUAGAGCAAGUCACAAGAAACCAAAGAUGAAAGAAAUCACCACCGCAGGUGGAUUCGAAGAAGAAAACAAUCAUUUUCACAACAAGAAUGUUUCUCUUGUUCCUCCGGUUUCUCUUGAAUUACGGUGCGGUGGUAAUCUAAACUUCCAUGGCCAUGGAAACAAUAACAAACCCAAUAGAUCCAACAAGGUUCACGAGUGUUCGAUUUGCGGCGCCGAGUUUACGUCCGGUCAAGCAUUGGGUGGUCACAUGAGAAGACACAGAGCUUGUACUAACAAAAACAACAACAACAACGUUGGUGAUGUUCAUGUUAAGUCUCGGAAUGUUCUAGAAUUGGAUCUUAAUCUUCCGGCGCCGGAGGAGGAUCUCCGGGAUUCAACUUUUCAGUUUCCGGCAAUGGUGGGUUGCCAUUAUUAGGACAGCGUGGAUUGAUUGGAUGAAUGGUGAAGGGAGAAUAUAUUUUUAUUUAGUUUGAUCAAUUAUGAUCAUUGUGAAUUAAUUAAUUAUCAUUAUUGUUAUUAUUAGCUUUAUUUUAAUUUACAAUUAUUCGAAAUUAUGAAUUAAUUCAUUGGAUUUUUAUGAAUAA